AUGCACAUCUGCGGCGGUGGGGGAGGAAUCCUAGUUUAUAUCACCGACACAGGUAUGGAUCAAGGUGUGGAUAAUAAUACAAUAAGCGAAGUACAAGCAGAGUUUGUCACGCAUAUUAGUGAUUCAAAGUAUCACUUGAAUGACAAAAAUCUAUAUGUGUUGCCAACAAAUAUGACCAGCGACGAUUUAAAUGAGAUGUUAUGCAAUCUGCUAUCUAUUAACAAGGUUAAAUUUGCUUUCUAUUGUUACGGAAUGCAAUUAUACAGUACUAUUGCUGAAUUACUAGAGCAAAUUGACUUCAAAUGCGAAUCUACUUUAACUAUAACAUAUUCUCUAUUAGAUUAUUCCAAAGAGCAAAUUAUUGAUGAAUUAAAUUGUUGGGUUUCGUGUAUGGAUUAUCUACAUAAUUUGAACCAAUUGAUUAUUUCCAGUGCCGAGGGUAUGAUAUGGACUAUUGAUAAUGACAACGGACAGCGUGUUUUGGGUAGAAAAAUAACAGAUGGGGAAAUCGCAUCAUUUGAUACAAAAACUUACAAUAAAUGCACAUACCUAGCGAUAAUUUCAUCCUAUGGGCAUAUAGAAAUAGCGGAAAUAUCCGACGUCAAAAGUAGUUAUAAUUCAAUAUCCCAUUUUAAAGCGCACUUAAAUUCAGGAACUGGCAUCAAGUUUAGCCCAAAUUUUAACGUUUUGGCAACAUCUGGCUAUGAUAGAGCCAUUCGUAUAUUUUCCAUCAAUAAUAUACAAGAUUUUUGUAAGCCCAAUGAGUCUAAAAAAAGGAAUUCUACAGAUUUUUAUAAUAUAUUGGAGGAGAAGGAUAUUUAUUGGGGCCAUUCAGAUGCAAUUACUGCCAUUAAUUAUACAAAAAAUGAUGUUAUCAAGACUGUAUCCUUUGACAACACUUACAGAUUGUGGGAUGUUACAUCAUCUAAGUGUAAGAAUACAAUCAACCUCUCGAAGUCUGCUAGUUGUCUAGAUACUAAUGUAAAUGACUUAAGCGCAAUAGGGCAUAUAAAUGGGUUAGUAUCCAUAUACGACGAUAAAGGCGAAGCAUGUAUUUUUGGUGGGAAAUUACACAGCAGAAUUGUAUCUGAUGUAAAGUGGAGUAGUUUCUAUGAACAUAUAUUUGCAACAAGCAGUAACGAUGGCAUGAUAGUUGUUAGUGACUUGAGGUUUAAUAAAUCGCCAAUUUUUACUUGGAAAUGUGAUAGAUCUGAGGAGUUUAUUAGGGCAUGUUGCUGGAUAAAUGAUAACAAUUUGGCCACCGGAUCUAACAAAGGAGAAGUUACCAGGCAUGUAAUCAACAAUUUAAGUAUUUGA